UAUGCGAAGGAUAUGUUGGAAAAGGCGGAGAAGAAAUUGGAGAACAAAGAGAAGACGAUAUGGGAAUUUGUGGGCAAGUUAGACAAUGGAAACUGGAGAAACGAAGAACAGAAGAAGGACUGGGAAAUGCAGAAAGACGAAAAUUGACCGCGUUUAAUGAAGGAAAAGAAAUUCCAAUGGAUGUAACUGCUGAGAUAGUAAAAAAAUUAGUUCAACCUCCUGGUCAAUUGCCUAAUAAGACUUUUCUUAAUGAUUUCCUUAACGAAAAACCUGAAGUGAAAAUACCGCUUUCUCCUGCUCAUUUUUCUCAAAUAUAUACUAAGGGACAUUUAAUUUACCCUCCUUCAGUUGGAAUGAACGAAGACUCAUUUCAUGCUUUUUGGGACGAUAUUAUUAAAAAUUCCAUAGAAAUAUUUGGAAAAAAUAUUAUUGGUUUGGAAACAAUGAAAUUCGAUCGAAAUACUAACAUAAGAACCUCAACAGGUCGCAAUCGCCCAGACAUGGUUAUCCUAGUGAGAAAUAUUUGUCCUUUUCGUGGGGAAGAAAAGGCGGCAGAUUCUGAUGCAGAUUCUUCGAAGGAAUUAACUAAGAAAUUCAAAGAAUGGAUAUAUGGGGAUGCUCCAUAUCUCCUUGCAUACCAUGCUACUGGUCGAUUUGUCACUUUUGUUACUUUGUAUGAGUCUGAACCUGUAAAUAUUGGGUCAAGUAAGAAGAGAACACGUUCGGAAGUUAAGUCUGAAAUGAUUUGUGAAUUUAAUUUAGAAAGCUUUUCGCAUAGGAUUCGCGUUAUGAAUCUUCUUCGAAAUACUUGUCGUAUAUUGCCUACUAUAGUAAAUUUGUGCCCCGCAAGAGAUACACCAGAUUUUAUUACAUUAUUACGACCUAAUGGAACUAUUGUUGAACUUGGGUAUAAUGUUAAGAAAAUAUUUAGAGAAGAACGAUCGAUUGACCACUUACGAGAAAUUUAUACAACAUUAUAUCAAAAUAACGUUAGAUUUACCGACAAGUUGGAAUAUACCAUUUCGCAUUCUGCUCAUUUGGAACCACGUGGAUUACAACGAAAACCAGGAAAUCUCAAUGAACUAUUGAAAGCAUUAAUUUGUAUAUUAACUUGUCUUAAGGAUAUGCAUGGCAUUAAACCAAAACCAAUAUUGCACAGGGAUGUUCGAUGGCCAAAUAUUGUUCAGCAUCAUAAUGAAUACAAAAAAUUCAUUUUGAUUGAUUUCGAUUACGCAACUUUAGGUUCCGACAAAAGAGGCAUC